AAAUCCAAUCAUCUUCCUUCCUACACCAAUCACCCUCUAGUCAAACCUCCAAUCCCUUUAAUUGCUCUCUAACAUCAGACUCCCUCCCUUCCUCCCCCUCCUUCCCCCGUUUGUUUUCCCCCACUCUCCGUUCUCUCCUCUUUCCAUCUUCCCCGUUCCAUAGAGCAAGAAAUCCUUCUAUUGUGGUGGCACCAACAACUCUCUCUUCUUUUCCUUUCUUGAGCACCAAAGACCUCAAAAGCUCGAUCUUUGCCCAUCGAUACAGCUUUGAUUGCGAGUUCAAAUCCGAAACCUACUCCAAUUUCUUUCCUUUCCUUCUGAUUCCCAUUGGAAACCCGAUGCCGGAUCAUGAAACGCUUCCAAAGUCCGGUCUUGUAGCUGCCGGUACCUCUGCUCCGCCGAUUUGGUAGCAUGCCCCUUUGCUUGGAGCCAUCGGCGGGCCAGAGUCUCGUGUUGCCGGCGCCGCCACGGCGACGGUGGUCAGGGCCGGCGGCGUGCAACAGCGGGUGGGGCGGUGUCGGCUACGACGACGAUGCAGAUUAGGCUCUCUCCUAGCAUGAGAAGCAUCACGAUAUCGAACAGCAAUGGACUAUUGGACUUGAUGAAGGUGAAGGUCGCCGCCCGCCACAUCUCAUACCGGACCCUCUUUUACACCGUCCUCAUCCUCGCCUUCCUCUUGCCCUUUGUCUUCAUCCUCACUGCCAUCGUCACCCUCGAGGGCGUCAAUAAGUGCUCCUCCUUCGAUUGUUUGGGGAGGCGGCUAGGACCAAGGUUUCUUAGUCGGGGUGGUGAUGAUUCCAUGAAGCUUGCUAACGAAUUAUACAAGAUACUUGACCAAGCAAACUCUGAGGAACUUCCAGUUGGCCUGAAAGUGCCUGGAUCUUUCAGUGAGUUUCUUUCCGACUUGAAGAAUAACCACGAUGAUGCCAAGACUUUUGCUGUAAGGUUGAAAGCGAUGAUGGAAUAUAUGGAUAGGGAGGUGAAAAGAUCAAGACUGGCAGAACAAUUGCACAAAUAUUUUGCUGCAACUAGUAUUCCCAAAGGCAUGCAUUGUCUCUCUUUGCGUUUGACUGAUGAGUAUUCAUCCAACGCCCAAGCUCGUAAGGAGUUGCCACCACCAGAGUUGCUACAUUUGCUCUCUGAUAACUCGUAUCACCAUUUUGUUGUAGCCAGUGAUAACAUUCUGGCAGCCUCUGUUGUGGUCACCUCUGUUGUAAGAUCUUCAUUACAACCUGAAAGGGUUGUCUUCCAUGUCAUAACUGACAAGAUGACUUAUCCAAGCAUGCAUUCAUGGUUUGCUUUGAAUCCUCUUUCCCCUGCUAUUAUUGAGGUGAAAGGAGUUCACCAAUUUGACUGGUUAACAAGAGAUAAUGUGCCUCUUCUUGAAGCUUUUGAAAAUCACCAUGGUGUGGGAAACCACUAUCAUGGAAAUCAUAUCAUGGGCAUGAAUGUUGGUGACAGUCCAAUGAUUUUUGCUUCUAAACUGCAGGCGAGGAGUUCAAAAUUUAUUUCUCUGCUCAGCCAUUUGCGCAUACACCUGCCUGAGCUCUUUCCAAACCUCAGUACGGUGGUGUUUCUUGAUGAUGAUGUUGUUGUUCAACAUGACUUGUCACCAUUGUGGGAGAUUGAUCUUCUUGGAAAAGUAAAUGGUGCUGUAGAAACUUGCAAAGGUGAAGAUACUCGGGUGAUGGCUAAGCACUUCAGGACAUAUUUCAACUUUUCACAUCCCCUCAUAGCCAAUGAAUUGGACCCUGAUGAGUGUGCAUGGGCAUAUGGGAUGAAUGUAUUUGAUUUAAAUGCCUGGAGGAAGACGAGCAUUAGAAAAACAUACCACUACUGGGUGAAGGAGAACUUAAAGUCAAACCUGACACUGUGGAAGUUCGGAACGUUGCCUCCAGCCCUCAUAGCAUUCAGAAAUUAUGUGCAUCCUAUAGACCCAUCAUGGCAUAUGCUCGGUUUGGGCUAUCAGGAAUCGACAGACCUUGAGAGGGUGAGGAAGGCUGCUGUGAUACACUACAAUGGGCAAUGCAAACCAUGGCUGGAGAUUGGAUUUAAGCACCUCCAGCCAUUUUGGACAAAGCACGUUAACUAUUUGAACGACUUCAUAAGGAACUGUCAUAUCUUGGAGCCACAAUGGUUUCCACAAAACUAAAGACCGUAAACAUAAAGCAGGGUAGUAUUACAGAUGCAGUGACAGCUCAGUUUUCACUCGAUUUGAGCAACCACUGAAUAAAUCAAGAAUUCAGUCGAUAUAGUAGUUGAGUCAAAAUGAGCGGAUUCUUCGUGGACCUGUCCGAUCAAGUGGCUGCACUUACUGGUGCCAUGGAAUUUCUUUUCAAUUUUGUAAGAUAGUAUUCAGUAUUUGUAUGGUUAAAGAUAACUCUUCAAACAAUUCUGGAGGGUGCAUGACCCCGUUUUGGAACAAGUGAUGUUCUUCAGAUCACUACUGGUGGAGCAUCAGAUCGCAUGCCCCGUACAUACUGAAGCCAGGAUUGGAUUGUCUUCAUGCAGAUUAUCUUUUCUUUUUUCUUUUUUUUUUGGGUUUCUUUAUUAAUUUUAACAUUUUGUGUUCUUUAUUUGCCCUCUAAAUUCAGAGGUCAUGGACGUUUCACUUUUGACAGUAACCCCUCAUGAAUUUUGGGGAACUCUAGGAUAUUUGUCUUAAAUCAUAAGAUAUUGAAAUGUGCAGUUGAUUCUUUUUCUUA